AGUGCACUCUGGCGGUCGCGGAGACUCAGACAGAUACGUUUGCGUCGCGUCGUCCGCGCAGUUUAAUUUGUUUUAAGUGUUUCAUUUCAAUUCGAAUAGUAUAAUAAGAAGGCGAAUUUCAAACCUUAAAAGGGUGAUUUUAAAAAUAACAACAAUGGGUAAAGUAGCUACAGCAGAAGCUCUGCGCUUCAUGGUAGAUUGCUUGAAAGCGGUCGGUGCCGCUAGUACCGCUGCACAACAGCAAGCGGAACUGCUCAUACAGGCUGAUCGGCUGGGACAUCCCAGCCAUGGACUUAAUAGACUUGAAUAUUACGUCAAUGACAUCUUAAGUGGCGCUUGUUCACCGAAUAAUCAACCGAAAGUACUGAAAGAGAGCGCGUCAACCGCCUGGGUGGACGCGAACAAUGUACUCGGGGCCACUGUGAGUCAUUUUGCCAUGGAUAUCGCUAUCAAGAAGGCUAAGGAAACCGGAGUUGGAUGGGUCACUGUAAAGGGUUCCAAUCACAACGGCAUGGCAGGCUGGUGGGCACAAAAGGCAGCUGACAAAGGCUUGAUUGGAAUGGCCUUUACAAAUACAUCACCUCUGCUAGCGCCAACGAGGAGCAAACAGUCGGCGUUAGGUACGAAUCCCAUUUCGGUGGUUGCCCCGGCGUCCGAUGGCGAAACUUUCUAUUUGGAUAUGGCUACGACAUCUGUGGCGGUGGGAAAGAUAGAAAUGCAGCUCCGUAAAGGCGAGCCGAUACCAAACGGGUGGGCUCAGGGACCUGACGGCAAGGAGACAACUGACGCGGAAUUGGCUUUCAAGACACAAUGCCUUAUGCCGUUGGGCGGUGGCGAGAGGACAUCAGGAUACAAAGGCUAUGGACUAGCAGCUAUGGUUGAACUGUUUUGUGGUAUCUCUUCAGGGUCAAAUUACGGUCACCACGUACGGUCGUGGUCACACAGCGGUGACGGCGGCCCUGCCAACCUCGGCCACUGCUUCGUCGCGAUAGAUCCCGAAUGCUUUGCCCCCGGCUUCGGAUCACGUUUGACCGACAGUAUGAGACAUUGGAGGCAACUGGAACCGACCGAUCCAGACUUGCCAGUAUUGGCGCCAGGAGACAAGGAAAAAAGAUGCGCCCAAAUUACUGAUUCUGAGGGUACAGUUACCUACGUGAAACAACAGAUUGAGAGCAGCGCGGCUCUCGCUAAGAGGCUGAAAGUUGAGCCGAUGAAAGUGAUAGCUGACAUUUAGUACAACUAACGGUACAUUCGCAAACAGAUCCAUUAUUGAUGAUUCGUCAUUAAUAACGGUUCGUUAACGACAGACUGUUCAUAAUAUAUAAUCUAAGGUAAAGAUGAUUAAAUGUUCGCAUUCAAAAAACAAAUUGUGAUUAACUGAAUUGUGUCGUUGACGUCAUCAUUAUUAUCUUACUAAAUCAAAUCAUUCGUAUUUACAACUUUCGGUAGUGUUUAAAAACUAAAAACAUUUUACGUUUUAUGAUGAAUUAGAUUUUAUUAUUGAAAUAGGUAUACAUCAUGCACUUACAUGGAGUAUACAUAAGCAAGCUAUGCUUAUGUUUACUCGAAGAUGAUAUACAUUUUUUAAGAUGUUUAUUUUUGACAGCUCGUAAAAAGUGUUUCAAUUGACAUUCAGAGUAAGUACUAUACAUGUAUGUUAUUCUGAGGUUACUACCACAGACCUAGAAACUAAGCUAGUUUUUAUGAUUAAAAAAGAACCCAUAUAGUUUCGCCAUGUCCGUACAUCCGUUCGUCCGCGGUUUCACUCAGAAAUUCUAGGUUUUAAAUUACCUUAAUCUAGCUGCAUUAUAACUUUGUAAUGUUAUUGUAAACAGAAAUAAACAUUUUUUGACGAAAACGACUUAUGCAUUACUACUAUAGCUUUAUGUUUUCAUUUGCGGGGUAGAUAGACAGGAUCGAUCGCGAAGAGACCGAUCCUGACUUACCACUUUUGCUUAUUUUUUAGUCAGUAGGUAAUUUAUUGUAGGCCUACAGUUUCAUUUGCGGUAUACUCUUGGUUUACGCGGGCGACCCUCAGGAUAGUUUAGAGCAGUGUUGGUUUACGGAAAGGUUCGUUACGGUCAUGUAUGUCUUAGGAUUACACUGCCGGGAACUAAUAAAUGAAUGGGGAAUUUUGUACGGACUUGGCUUGUGGAUGAUUUGAUGUAGAUUGUAUUAUUUUCAAAAGGUAAAGUUUUUUAAUAUUUUUUUAUAUCACUCUAAGUCUGCUUGAAAGAUAAGUCCUUUAGUUACCAUCGUCCUAUUUAGACCUAUUUUAGUUAGUUAUAGCGGUCAAACCGCGAGCUCAAUAUGUUUAUAUUAUCAAGAAGGCCCCUUCUAAGUUCACGUAUUGUGCCUGGCAACAGCGGAACCAGACCUGUACAUAGUGUGUGGCUCAACAUACACUUGGCCAGUUUUUUAUUACCCUAAGAAUUGACAUGAGUGUCCCGAUCUGUCAAAAUGAUUCCUUGAAAAGAACGAAUUAUCAAAACGAAUACGUUUUACAUACCGCCAAAUCGAUUCAUAAUUUUUUCACGAUACGUGAACGAUAUUCAAACGCUUACAUGUGUUUGUGAGCUUUUCAGCGACGUAUUUUAGUUUAGGCUUACGAGGCCUGGACGAAAGCGGUAGAAUUUUAAGAUUCGAAAAUUAUAAAAGUUUAUUCCAUAGAAGAUUUGAAUUUCUGUCUACUCUGAGGUGUUAAAUUUAGUUGUCUUUAUAAUUAAUACACAUUUACAAAACAAUAAUCCUUUAUACUCUUAUUUCAUCAUUAAAGAUUAAAAGCGAUUUGUAUUAAAUCACAAUGAAAAAACGGCAAAGUUGUUAGGCCUCUUAUAGUUUAUAAGUAUCGCUUAGGAUCAAAUAUAACCUAUCAGCAAUAAAUCUAAUCCGCUUCUAUGUAUAUUUGUAUGUACUUUACUGCUGUGAAUGUAUUUUAAAUUAAGAAAUCCUUGGUGCUAUUAUUAAAAUUCAACAAAUUACAAUGAACUAUAUUAUAACUCAUUUUUAUUUUCGAUAUCUAGUGAAGUAUUAGUGUUCAUUGAAUCGAUAGGAAUAAAAUUAUUUGGUUAUUUUAUGACCAAAGAGGCAGUGUCAGACGCGUCAUAUUUUUAUUAAAAGUGUGGCUUCUUUUUUAACUGCUAGUUUAAACCUAUAUUAGCGUUACUAUGGUUACAAUAUAAGAUGUACAGCCAUCGGAGAUGAAUACAUGCAGAUUAUUGAUAUACUAACACGCGAUAUAGCCACAUAGAGUUGACUGUGCGAAAAUCUGCUGGUACUAAAAUCCACACCUGCUACUAUCAGAGCCUGGUCAUGCGCUUUGUUGAUAGUUAUAACGUAACAUAAACUGACUGGAAAAUGUAGGUACUUUUUAAAAAUCGCAAUGGGACACAUUCAACACCAAACAAAGCUACAAUACAACCUUAAAAAUGCAAACCAUUUGCUAUAUUGACAUAGACAAUGAAGGCUGCCUAAUAAAAAUUCAAGUACCUGGCCGACUGAGCUAUGCUCUUUGUUAAAAAUUUAUAAUUUUCUCGGGCAUGAAACCUAUCUAGAUAAAUUUGAAAAGGAAAAAGAAAGAAAGAAAAGAAAAAUUAUCUAAUUACAAAAUUUCAUUCAAAUCGGUUAGAGCCGUUUCCAAGAAACUAAAAAAUAUUAUACAGGUAUUAUAGAUUAUACAUAAAUCACUCACUUAAAGUAUAUGAUAAUAAUUAAUACGUUAUACCCAAUGUUUUACAAUAAUACACUAUUUUCAAGUAUAUUUAACAAUUUGUUCUGGUCUGGUUGGAAUUAAGUAGAGCAGCGCUUUUUCUUCCGACUUGUGCACGUUUCAUAUCAGAUUAAGAGAUAUAUAUAUAUAGAGAUUUUAUUGAAAGAAAUACUAAAUGAAUUAGUAGUAGUUAGUAGUCCAUGUUUAUCUUAAUACAUCAUUAAAAACCACAUCCAAAUUGGUUCAGGCAUUAUGAAGAUUAACGUACACAAAAGAACAGACAAACAAGCAAGAUGACUGUUCACGAUUUUAUUAUAUCUAGAGCACCGCUUCUAACAACAAAAUAACGUACAUUAAUUUAUCACUGCCUCCAACUCUGAUAACUUUCGUUUUUUUUUAUGCUUUCAUAAUAAAAACAGUAUGCCAAGGUAUGUCAGCAAGUUCAGUUUUCUUCGUUCCUCUCCUUUAAAACUUUUACUACUUUGUUAUCUUUAUCAAUAUUUAGAGCAUUUUUGUAUUUUCAGAUUAUUAAGUUUUCGUUACUUUUAAGUUUUAAGAACAAUUUAUGUGCCAUUUAGAAAGAAAAAAAGAAAGAAAUCCGUUUAUUCCAGUUUAAGCAUACAGCACAAAAUGUAAAAAGUAAAAAUAGGCAAAAAAUAUUGUUAUACUAGGUAUUUAUAAACAUCAUAAAUUUAAAAACACACUUAAUAAAACCUUGUGCUGCAGCAUGAAACUGCGAAAAGGACCGGACUCAGUGAUUGCACUGGUUUUCAGUCGACCCCUUAUCCCGAGGCAACUCGGGCGGCUUAGUGCAGAAUCUCUCUUGAUGUCCGGAAAUUAAAAAAAUAAAUAAUAUAAAAAAUAGGCUACCUACAUAAUAUGCAAUUUCCCUGUUAAGUAAAAAUUGAAGUGUCAAACUGUUCGUUGUCUAUGCUAAAAUUAGCUUUACAUUCACAUAACUACAAUAAUAUCUUUAGAUAUACCUACUAUGUAUUCAAUUUUUAUUAUAUAGAAAGUAUGAUCAAAACUGCAAUAAAAAUAUUUAAAAGAUUAAGAUAAGAUGCCCCAUGUAUUCGUAAAUAAAUAUAUGUACUUUAUUGAAAUG